AUGUCACAGAUCCCGGCCUUGACCACCCAUGAGGCCCUGUCCGGUGUCUUUGGCUCCAUCUCCCUGGCCGCCUGGGUCUUUUUGCUGUUGCCCCAACUGAUGGAGAACUACAAGUCUGGCUCUGCAGAUGGCAUCUCCCUCACUUUUCUUUGCGUCUGGUUCCUGGGCGACAUCACCAAUCUCGCUGGCUCGCUCUGGGCUGGCCUGGUACCGACUGUGACCGCUCUCGCCGUCUACUUCUGCUUCGCUGAUCUCGUUCUCAUCGCGCAAUGCCUCUACUACAACACGAAGAACUCGAAGCGCUCGCGCAAGACGUCCACCCGCAGCACAGAUAGUGUCGAGGCACCACUCUUGGGACGGCGAGACUCGAGCAACAUUGGUCUGCCGGGAAGCCACCGCCGAGACUCGGUCGCCAGCCGUAGACGCAGGGCCAGUUCUCUGCCCACCAUUGCAGACGUCGAGGAGGGCGGGAGAGAAUGGAUCAAGAAUGCCCUCAGCAUCAUGGGUGUCUGUUUGGUCGGAACAGCUGCUUGGGCGAUUGCAUGGAAGACGGGGGUGUGGGCACCUCAGCCCACCCACAACACCGAGGAUCCAGGCGAGAUUGCGCUGGGUGCGGAGAUUCUUGGCUAUGCGAGCGCGAUAUGCUAUCUGGGAGCGCGAAUCCCCCAGAUCAUCAAGAACCAACGCGAAAGAUCUUGCGAGGGUCUUUCCUUGCUCUUCUUCAUGUUGAGCUUGUUGGGCAAUGCCACGUACGGUGCGGGAAUCAUCUUCCACUCGCAAGAGAAGGAGUAUAUCCUCACAAAUCUCCCUUGGUUGAUUGGAUCCCUCGGUACCAUGGUGGAAGAUGCAACCAUCUUCAUCCAGUUCCGCAUGUUUGGCAACGGCGAAUCCACAUCUGCUCUUGAAAACUGA